AUGUCAUUCGGGUACGCCAUCGGGGACGUUAUUGCCGUGCUGGGCCUUAUCGAACGCGUCGCCGUCGAGCUCCGCAACUACAAGGACGCCCCUUCCCAUUUCCAGCAGCUUCGUGUCGAGCUGGACCUUGUCCACAGCACGCUACAACAUGUCUUGCUCCUCGAACCAGAGAGCGACGAGGAGUGUCAGACUUUGGAUCAGAUCCGGGCAAUUGUGGUCCACUGUUCGCAGCCUGUACAAGCCAUGGCCGACAAGAUGCGGUCUAAAGAAGGUAGUCUCGGUCAUUUCCGAACGACAAGGAGCUUAUCCAGCAUCGGAACAAGACUCCACUGGUCCAUGGUAGCUCAGAGUGAUGUAGACGCAUUCAGAAAGACAAUAAUGUCUGAGAUGGCAGCUAUCAACAUCCUCUUGAGUGUGCAGCAAUUGACUCGAGUUAAGCAACUCGCAUCAAAGUCUCGAUGUAUCGGUACCUCCCAGGCGCUGGCAGUAGAGAGACACGCAAAUGCCAUCGCUGGCCAUGCCACGUCCAUCUUGAGCAUAGCAUCAAAAACGCAAAGCACCGUCGAUGUCUUGGUGGCCAACACAGCUGUCCAAGCGGAGACGUCUUCAAGACAAGCAAAGGCCUUGGACCGAAACUUGAAGGCUAUCGAGACCAAAAUCGAUGACCUAUCACGGAAAGCUGGAAAGACUUCAGCAAUGAUCCAUCAUCAUGCCAGGCGUCUCCUUCGCCUGAUGCAGGACAUUAAGAAAAUGUUUACUCUAUUUGCAAAAUGCUCAAAGGAAAUGCUUGAGGCAAUCGGUCGAAACACCCGCAUGCUUCUCGACAUCACUGGCCAGUUGAAAUGUAUCAUGCGAGCUAUCGAAGCUAUUCCGCUGCAUCUCACUCUUGAUAUCGUGAGGCUUGAUGACGCUCACGGAGAGAGCUGGGCCCUACCGCUCCAGGCAUGUCGCACUUGGAAUUCAUUUUCCGACAUGCUUCGGCUCGUUGUAUAUGCCAAUGAGAGGCCCGGAGCAGAUUUUAUCGUGCAGAACCGGUUCUCCAUCAUGAUGGCACAAAGUGGUAUGGAACUUAAUGAGAGAGUCUGGGGGACUUUCAUAAAGCCUGGGCUUCACAUCGAGCAGGCCAUGGUUGUCUCACGAGCUGGUUGGGAAGCCGAGGAACCUACCACCAGUCAGAGGCGAGCGACCAGAAAACCAUACGAUCUUCUAGCUCAGUUAAGCCAUCCAGGGCCGGGCUUCAACUAUAACAAAGGAAAAAUUAUCAGAAAACCACACAUUGGUCCCCAGUUGCCCCCCAUACAACUCGAAGAGGGACCUGAAGCCUUCCGCAGGGUUAAGUUCUACCAGGCCUCACAGCCUAUUAAAAACCUUGAAGACGCCCGAUACCGAUUGGACAAAGACGCCAGGGACCCAGCUGCGAAUGCCUUCUUUGGAUUUACGUACCUCCAGGAUGGGGAAGAGCGCGGCGACGCUGACUUGUUCCGAAGGGCAAAGCAGCACUUAGAAAUCGCUGUCACAUUAGAUACUUUGAACUUUGAAAAUUGGUACUUUCUUGGUAGAGCAUGCAUCCGGUUGGGAGACUAUAGAGAGGCCUAUGAAGCUCUUCAGCAGGCUGCUUGGCGUGGAGGCCGGUGUCCCUCAGUCUGGAAUACGAUCGGGGUGUUAUGCUUCCAAACUAACCAAUAUUUUGGCUCACUAUAUGCUCUCGCCAGAGCUAGUCACUUACGUCCGAGACUGAGUGAGACCUGGUACAACCUGGGCGUUUUAUCCGCCCACUGUUGUCAACCUAGCGAUGCAGCAGACGCCUUUCAAAAGCGCAUUGAAUGUAAUCCGGAAUUGCUAGAUUUUUACGCACAACUCCGAUCUCUCAACAGCGUAAUUUCAGGAAUGUCAGCUCCUAAUAGUCAAGUAUCGAGUGAUAGCCAAGCAUCGAGUGAUGACUUGAUUGUCUGUAUGUAUGAUAGCCCGCUACGGAUGCGUUACGAUGGGGUCCCAGAGGCUGAAGGGGACAACCCCAUACGUGAGAGGGGAAUAUUGGAAGAGGACGAUUACAGCGACGAUGACAAUGACUACGAGGAUAGUGAGUAUGAGGAAAACGGGUACGAGGAUAGUGUCUACGAGGACAGUGGCGGCAAGGGUGAUGAUUCCCGGACUCGGCUAGCUGAACCUUCUAUCUCGAAGCCGAUGGCCUGA